UAUCUUGUUCACCACUAUGAACUUAAUAUGCUAAAAUAUGUUACUGUAUUGUUAGUUGGUACCUUGCAUUAAAUAUAAGUUUUCGUUCUGAACUUUUGCGUCUGUACUCGUAUAAAAGAAAAAAAAUUAUAAAAUUCCAACACUUGCACAGUGUGUGCUCAAAAAAUUAUACUCAGGCUACAUUAAAAUUCGAUUACUGUACCAUUGAUUACCAUUUAUCUGCCUCUUGGAGAUUUACAGUUUUGGUAAAGUAAUUACGCAUUCUUCGCCCACUGCAGAAGUGCACAUUAUCGGUGAAUGUUGAUGUAUGCCUCUCCCUCUGGAUUUGUUACUGGAAUUGCCAGAAGGGAAUUUAUCCGAGACGUAUCUGGCCAGAAUACACGAAGGCAUUCGAUGCGACGUUUGUGCCAAAGUCGGCUUUGUGGAUCGACGUUACAAAUGCCUGGUUUGUGCUGAUUAUGAUGAGUGUGGCAAAUGUCAUGACAUGAAUCUCACAUCGUCUCCUCACAGUCGCAGUCAUCCCACUCAAUGUAUACUGACACCGUCCUCUAAAGCAAUUUAUUUCGGAAACGAAAAUGCCGCAUCCAGGAAGCAAUCGCUUACCUGCCCCUACUGUGGUGGAAUUGGCCUGGAAGAAGCUGAGCUGCUCAGCCAUCUGGAAAGGAGACAUGUGAAUUUGUCCCAGAACUCUGUUCUCGUCUGGUGUCCUCUUUGUGUUUCCGGCUGCGAGAUAACCACGAGGUCACGGACUGAUAAUCUGAUCGACCAUAUUGCCCAUGAACAUCGCUUUCCGAAUGCAAGCUCUUCCAUAUUCUCUAACCACGUACCGCGACGCCUUAACAACAACCAUAGUCAAAUACCAGCCGAAGCUGUAGACCUACCUCUCUCUCCGACCAGUCGAUUUGAUCAUGGUCCACAGCUACGGCAUCCACCAUCCGCCGGUUCUCAGAGAGUACGAUUCGGCAGUACUCCAGUAACUCGCGACUCCGCAUUUGCUACUCCUGCUACCAUUCCUGAAAUUCCGAUCAAUUUGAUUCCUCAAAGGGAAACGAACACGACGCCAGUGUUAAGCUCCAGUAGUCUUAGCCCUGCACGAUCAACAGCAGUAAUUCGUGUCACCAGCCCGGGAGGAUCCCAUUUGUUUAGUGCUUACCACCCUCGUCCUCGAGCAGGCACAGACAACGCUUCUGGUCACAAUCAACAUGCUACGCGGAUAAGGCGGGGCUGGAUAGAAACAUUAGCCAAACCUACGCGCCAUCCAAAAUCACUGCCUCUACCUGCUCUGAUAACGGCAUCUGCUUCUGGAAUGAAUUCUGGUUCCAUCAACGCAUCUACAGAGCGAGACCGAAGCGCGCGGACAGAUUUGUCUGAACGCAUAUUGAAUAACCCGGAUCACACAAAACCAGCCAGAAACAUUGCGGUGACCACUGAAGAUGCAAACAGGAUUAUGUUUUUGCGGGAAGUUUUGCUGGCAAGCCUUACUGGAGACAACGAAUGCGCAAGAUCACUGGAUUCUACCUUUCUUUUGGUCAGCUAGUGCACGGCUCAUCAAACGCACCUGUCAAAUGCACUGAUGGAACAUGCUUGGAAAAGAUCAACUGUUGAGUGUUUUAUUCCACGUGAAUCGUAAUGGUGAAAAAACUAUAGAAGUAUGGUUUUGCGAUGUAGUGAGAUUGCACUCUCACGUACGCGUCAGUGUCACAUGAACAAACGGUUUAUGCAUUGCGUGAUUCGCCGAUAGCUUUAAUUUGUAUGUUUUUAUAAAGUAGCGCUGCGUAACACAAAG